AUGCCAUCGAUGGCUGCUCCGAGUAGUGAACCAUCGUACGUUUUGAACCAGAUCAUCAUUUCUCCGUCAGAUACGGAUUAUCUCGAUCAAUUGAUUCCCUCGAUCAAAGAGUACAGAAUUGGUAACCGGACUUCUCAGCUGUUGCAGUCGUUAUCUAGAUUUGCCAGCGCCAAAGAAGCGGAAAUAGAAACCAUCUGCAACACAAACCAUCAAGAAUUCGUAUCUUCGGUCAACCAACUUCUGAGCAUUAGGGAAGGAACAGUCAGCCUGACGGCAGAGAUCCUCGAUCUCAAUCAAUCCAUUCAAGCUAGCACCGAACGGUUGGCCGAACAGAAAAAGGCGUUGGUAGAGUCGCGCAGCCACCGGCAGAACAUCGACGAGACAUCUCAUGCUAUACAAGAUUGUCUGGAAGUAUUGCGCCUCGCUAAUCAAGUACAUGACCUGCUUGCCAAGAAAAACCACUACGCUGCUUUACGAGCGCUUGAAGAGCUACAAAAUGUCCAUCUCAAGGGUGUAACUCAGUACAAAAUUGCCGAUAUGAUUCAACGUUCGGUCCCAGCGACCCAGCGAGCAAUAGCAGAAGCUGUUUUAUCAGAUCUCAAUACCUGGUUGUACCGAAUUCGCGAGAUGUCUCAGUUCCUCGGAGAAAUAGCCUUGUACCAUACCGAAUGCCGGAAGACAAGACAGAAGGAGAGGGCAGAGAAGCUACCAUAUCUCGAGCACUUCAAACUAAAUUCUGCCAUUGAGCUGGUAUCGGACGAGCACGAGGAAUACGAUUUACUACAGAAUGAAGAACUCCAAGUUGAUUUCACCCCGUUGUUUGAAUGUUUACAUAUACAUCAAUCUCUGGGACGUGUGGACAAGUUCCGAGCUGAAUACGCAAAUACUCGAUGCCGACAAAAGGAGCUUUUGAUCCCGGCUUCCAUUACACUCCUUGAUGAGGAUGGGGCCAGCCUUCACAACCUUCUAGAGGAGAUGGCAGGCUUUGCUAUCGUAGAGCGUGCUACUAUGAAACGAGUGCCGGAUUUGCGAUCUUCUAUUGAUGUUGAUGAGCUCUGGGAUUCCAUGUGCCAGACAGCUGUAGGGUUGAUUACAAAGGCACUUUCUGAAGUUGACAAUGCUGAAAGCUUGCUCAAAAUCAAAAAUCUUGUUGUGUUAUUUAUGCAAACCAUGAAUACAUGGGGCUUUCCUGUCGGGAUAUUUGACACUCUACUCUUGACAUUGUUCGAAAGAUAUGCUGAAUCGCUGAAGAAAAGGUUCAGUGAUGACUUUCAGGAGAUUGUCUCUACGGAUGACUAUAUGCCUAUGCCCAUACAAUCUUUGGAGGAGUACGAUAAGGUCCUCAAUGUCAGCUGGUAUAACCCCGAAAAGCAAAGGGAAGAACAAGUGUUCCCGUGUGUCCUCCCUUUCUCUCAAAUGUACCCCUUGUGUUGCAUUGACAUUCGAAACUUCUUGAACCAAUUCUAUUUCUUCGCCAAUGAGGAUUUUUCUCAUCCAAGUAUCAUCGAUGAAACACUUGAGAAUGCUUUGGACGAGCUUCUCUCAGACAAGGUCUGCGACAGCCUCGUUGAGCGUCUUGCUUCACAAUACCUGGGUCAGAUUGUUCAGAUACUCAUAAACUUGGAGCACUUUGAAUCAGCUUGCCGGGAGCUAGAAGUGCUCCUUGCUGCAGCUCGAUCACAGGGCGCUGCAGGUGGUCCCAUCUCCUUGAGGGCUACUGAGAAGUUUAAAAGCAACAAGAAAGCAGCAGAGAAACGUAUCUUUGAAGUGGUCAAUUCUAAGAUUGAUGAUCUUAUUGAAACUGCAGAAUACGACUGGAUGAUGCCUAUUCCACCCACAGAGCCCAGCAACUAUAUGCAAACACUCACGCGCUUCUUGUCCAACAUAAUGAAUUCAACUUUACUUGGUCUUCCAACAGAGAUCAAGGAGCUCAUAUAUUUUGACGCGCUUAGUCACGCAGCAAACAUGAUUCUGGCACAGCCUCUUUCACCAGACGUGAAGACCAUCAACCCUAAUGGAGUGAUGGCUCUUGCUAAAGACGUUGAAUACCUGUCUCAAUUCGUUGAUAGCUUAGGUGUACCCAUUCUACGAGAGAACCUCGAUGAACUCCAGCAGACCGUACAUUUGAUGCAGGCUGACAACGCAGACGAGUUUUACGACAUUUCUACAAGAAACAAAAAGUAUGGUCGCGUAGAUGCCAUCAACGGUCCUAUCCUGCUAGAGAAGCUUACGCGCACUGUGCAAAGCUCUGGAAGGGUUGAUAAGUUCACGACCCUUUCCUCUAGAUUUGGCAAGAAAUCGUGA